UUCGCCAAAUCAUUUUGGGCAUAAUGAAUUUUUUCAUUUGGUUUUUUAUUGUGGCUAUUCUUCCAAGCGCUUAUUCGCGAACUCAACACCACAAGGAAAUAAAUAAAAGCGGUAAAGAAGAAAAUGAGACUUUAUCGAUAGGAACUAAGGAGGAUAAAUCAUUAGUAUCAGGAGCAAAGGUAGAAGAAACCGUGUCCCUACCUUUAAAAGCUAUAGGGAAGAAAGAAUUUAAAGUAGCAGGUAAAGGGACGGUGCGCAUUGACUCGAAUUCACUCGAUUUGGAAAUGUUGGGGACCCGUUUGAAAAUCGCCGGAGUCGGAAAACUCAGUUACGACGGAAAAUUUCGGUUCAAUCUACCGGACCAAAUAAAAAAUGUUAACAUAAACGUAGACAAAUUGCUGCCGUCGAUCGUCGGCGCUCAUUAAAUUUCGUCUUAUCAUGUUAUUAAUUUGAAAUAAAGUUAAAUGGUAUCUCGAAAAA